CCCGGCCGGGGGGUCGGAGGGCCGGAGGGCCGGAGGGCCGGACGCCGCGGGAGUCGCCUCGCCCCUCGGCAUGGGCGGCCGGGAAUCUGCUGGACCCCCGAUCGCCUCCUGACCACGUUCCUGUCCCGGAGAGGCGUGGGAAGGGGGAUCGGGCCUGAGCCGGGGGAUCCCGCGGGUCUCUCCUCCCCUCCGGGACCGCCAGCAUGGAGCCCCUGUCCCAGGACUCUCUGUUGGAAUGCCAGAUCUGUUUCAAUUAUUACAGCCCCCGGCGGAGGCCCAAGCUGUUGGACUGUAAGCACACCUGCUGCUCGGUUUGCCUCCAGCAGAUGAGGACCAGCCAGAAGGACCUCCGCUGUCCCUGGUGUCGCGGCGUGACCAGGCUGCCCCCGGGCUUCUCCGUCUCUCAGCUGCCCGACGACCCCGAGGUCCUGGCGGUCAUCGCGAUCCCCCACGCGUCCGAGCACACCCCCGUCUUCAUCAAACUCCCCAGCAACGGCUGCUACAUGCUGCCCCUGCCCCCUCCCAAGGAGCGCGCCCCGCUGCCGGGCGACGGCGGCUGCCGCCUCCUGCCGGGGGGCCGGCCCAAGUCCGUCGCCGCGGUGACCGUCCCGGCCGAGCAGCUGCCCCUCCGGGGGGCCGCCCCGCCGGCCCCGGGGGAGGAAGAGCAAGGGCGGCGGGGCGGAGCGGGGAAGAGCGCCACCUGGUCGGGCGUGUGCACUGUGAUCCUGGUGGCCUGCGUCCUGGUCUUCCUGCUCGGCAUCGUCCUCCACAACAUGUCGUGCAUCUCCAAGCGCUUCACCGUCAUCUCCUGUGGCUGAGCCGGCGCCUCCGGGGUGGAGUCUCGGGGCGCCAGCUUAGGGGUGGAGACGGGGAUGACGGCGGUGGUGGCGGCGACGGAGGUGGUGGUGACGGCGGCGGGGAGGCGGAGAGGAGAUGGGGGGGCGGCGACGCCGGUCGAUUGGUUCGGAGCACCGGGCGGCCGCCUGGCGGUCCGAUGGCCGACGCGCGGGGCGGUCUCCCCUCGGGCUCCCCCGGGCCAGCCGGGGACGGGGCACGUCGGACCGGGAAGCCGACGACCCACGCGUCGAAGAAGACUGCAUGCAUCGCCAUAAUCAUUUAUUCGACGAGUGGUGUUUUGUAAUGGUUUCGAUCCCGGUUCGAGGUAGGCGUAGUCCACUUAGCCGUCCCGAUACCGUGCGAGGCCGACGACGGAGGUCGGCCGCGGAAUGCGGCCCGGGGAAAUAGAAACGCUCGCGUGGGCCCCGGGAAUGAAAUGUGAGAAAUCUACGGAAGAUCGGCUAAUGACGUGUGUCGGAGCCCCCGCCUCUUCUUCUUUGCUUUCACUGAGGUGAAAAAUCACGUGAAAAACAAGACUCUGUCUUCGCUCAGUUGAUAUAUAUUGAAUGGCUCUGAGUAAAGUGCAAUGGACGCCGGGUUUCCAGAACCGAUGCUUAAAAGGUGUCCCGUCUGUCUGUGUGAGUGUGUGGGUACGCGUGUGCACGUGUGUGUCUGUGUUAUGUACUCUCUCCUGAGGGAAGAGUCCACCCCGGCAGUUAGAGUUUUCUUGGGGGUGAUGGGAAGAGAGGGGUGUGUGUGUGUGUGUUUGUAAGUGAGGACUGAGCAGGAGAAAGCUAUAAAGGGAAUUGGGAAGAUUACCUAAGUUUUCAUGAUACAUACUUGUGCAUGAACCAUUUGACAAAGAUGGGGCUGGGUGUGUGUGUGUUUUAUGUGUUUAUGCGUGCAUGCCUACCUCAGGUUUCUACAUCCUUUCCGAAGAGGCUCUGGGAGUGAAGAAUUGUAUCAUGGGAUUGGUGACUUGAUAGACUUGACUUCUUCCAGGGAAGUAUCAAGAAACACGUUACUUUUACGCCGCGUCUCCUCUUCACGUGAAUUUGUUAUAUCUUGAGAAGGGCUUAGUAACAAAAUUGGAAACCGAGUCAAACGAUCACCAGCUCGAGAGUGGGAUGAGGCCAGCAGACGAUCCAAGAAUAAGCUAUGGGGGAUUGACUCUCGGAAGCCCGUUUCUUCUCGAUAGGGAAAAUUAAUUGAGAAGACGCGGCCAUCGUGCUCCCUUUCGACGGUCCGGUUGGCCCUGGAAGUGACUCGCGUGGCCAAUUCCAGGCUCCCAAGAUAGGGUGGGUUCCGGAUCCCAGCCGCAGCCACUCGGAUCCCGAGGGAUACCUGGGAGCCGUCUGCUUCUGUGGAAUGCCUGGCGAGGGUGCGGAUAGGAAUGGGAAUGCGUUUCCCUGGUUGGACUUUGUUUUGUCUUUUCGCGGGACAGAUAGGGACGGGGACGUGGAGAGGAGCCCUGGUUGUCCCGCUGACAGAACAAUGGCGGGAAAUCUAGAAGCUGAGCGUGUUUCUGGUUUGUCUGUGCUGGGGCUGCCUGCAGAAAAAGCAUCCUCUGCCGGAGCAGGAAAUUAGAUCCUAGGGACCAACCAUCGGCCAAAGAAUCUGUUAACGGAUUUUUGCCGGAAAAAAUAAAUCGGACACUUAGUCUUUCAAAUUCCGUUGCUCUUAAUAUCGGAACUUUAGUUAGAAGAAUAAAUUGGAAAUUAGAUUAAAGUGCCAUGUUGUGUAAUUUGCUGGGUGUUUUCCAAAUAAUCUGGGAUUAUGUGCUGAUAAUUUGGGAUUCGUGUUUUCGGCAUACAGUUCUGCAUUAUGUAACAUAAUAUAAUUGUAAUUGUGG